UGUUACCAUAUCAACUGAUGAACGAUGCAAAAAAGAGUCAAUUUGAAAUGACAUUUACAUUCUGAGUGUAGAGGCAAAGGAGUAUCAAUACAACUUUGGAAUGUGUCUUCAUAAAAGCAUAGAAGGAAAGUUCAAACCCAAAGUACUAUUGGACUGGGUCAAGUUGAACAUUGCGUUAGGAGCAGAGUUCAUGCAACUGUAUUUACAGGGUGGAGCAGAAGGAGUGUAUGACAUAUUACUGCCCUACAUUAAUAGAGGGAUUGCUGAAGUACUGGACUGUAAGUUAGGGCCAGGAAUCACUGAUCGACCAUCGUAUCAUUUUGGACAGACUGGUGUAAUCGUUGAGUGCUUAUGGCGCAACAUUUAUAGAACAAGAUACCUUGGCCUAAAUGAUGUUGAUGAGUUCCUUGUUCCUCAGAAGCACAAGACAUUACCAGAGAUGAUACUACUUGUAGAAACAUUACAUAAAUCAAAGAAACCAGUAGCAUCAUUUGUAUUCACUAAUACCCUAAUGAAAGACAGUGGAUCACUUCUUCCAGUAGUUGAAAAAGCUCUACAAUCUGGUAGCUGCUCUGAAAUAGAUCGUGACACAUUAUCUGUGUACUUCAAAAGGACCAAGAACUGUCUUUGUUUUAGUGCUAAUACAAAGAAAAUGAUCCUAAAACCAGAUGCUGUGUACAUACCAUGGGUACACUUUUUAUUCACUUAUAGAUCAAAGCAUUGCAAAAAGGAGUUCUCAGUUCCAGAUGAUGUGGAUUAUCAUAUCAUUACAGGCCGAACUGGAAAAAGUAUUCAAGCUGCAAUACUCCAGUCAUUGAGAAUAGGUCAAUUGAGAAGUAUUUUAAGAACAUUACUAAUUGCUCAUAAUUAUGCUUCUAUGUAUAUUUGCACUAAUUAAAGUUAAAAGCUUUUAUAAUACUUUAUAAUUGUCAUCGGCUGCUGCUUCUAGUGCUUAGCAGUAUACACAGUCUUUAUUUUGUAGCCUGUUGCUAGAAUAUAAUUGAUUAUUUAAUAUA